AUACAGGGCUCAGCCAACCAAGUAACACUAGGGCCAAUGAGGCUUUCUCACCCCACUAUGCAAAUCAUGUUGGUGUUUGCGAAAGAGGAUGCUCAAAGCGAUGGUUUCUGGUGGGCUGCGGACAAAGGAGGCUACAAGUGCAACAUUGUGAGGAACCCAACGGAUGCUUUAGAGUGCUUUCUUGAGAAGCAGCAUGACGUCGUCAUCAUUGACAACAGAACCACCAAAGGAUUCAAUGCAGUGGCACUCUGCAGGUCAAUACGGGCUACAAAGCCCAGCGAACACACAAUCAUUGUUGCUGUUACCAAACAGAAUCCAUUAGACAAGGACGAGCCUUCCAUUAUGCCACUCAUUAGCGCUGGAUUCAACAGGAGAUAUGACGAGAAUGCAAACACCGGAGCGUGUCUCAAUGAACUCUUACAGAUUGAGUUUGGCGAAUUCAGGUCACAAUUCAAACUCAAGGCCACAAACUCGUUGUUUGCUGCACUGGAGAACAGCUCAGAUGCCAUCCAGAUCACGAGUGAGAACAGAACAGUGCAGUAUGUCAACCCCGCUUAUGAGAGGAUCUCGGGCUAUACCAACGAUGAGGUCAUAGGUCACGAAAUGGAAGACAUGCCGAGAUGCGACAAGAAUAAAGUAGAACUCAUUGAUGGCAUCUAUUCACAACUCAAGAAGGGGAAGUCAUGGGAAGGAAUGUUGUAUUCUAAAAAGAGAAAUGGAGAAAGUAUUCCACAAAUUGUGUACAUUGCACCAGUAAUUGGCUAUGGAGGGAAAGUACGGCACCAUGUUUUUAAUAAGCGCUUUCCGGCACAACCCACGAAUGGUCCCGCAGUCUUCAGUCAAGAGUUGCAACACAACGUUGAUAAAAUGGGUCAAGAUUUCGCCAAUGGUCACCAAGGACUUAAUAGAAGACAAUCUGUUGCUAGGAUACAUUCCAUGACAAUAGAAGCUCCUAUCACAAAGGUUAUCAACAUCAUCAACACAGCCCAAGAGAACAGUCCUAGCACUGUUGUUCAGGCCUUAGACCGGGUCCUGGACAUCUUAAGGUCCUCAGAACUCUACAACCCAGCUCAGGUCAGGGAAGAUGAUCAGAUUACAACAGACCUCGUCGGAGGACUCAUGGCUGGUCGCAAUGCCAGCAUGACCUCACUCAAAGAGCAUGGAACAUAUGCAGGCAAGAGAAAGCUGUCAGGUCCUGAAGUAGCUCUAUGCAAAAGUGCAGCAUCUAAUAACAGUUCAUCGUCACCUUUCACCCACCUAAGUCAAGCUCCGACUGAAGUUCUCAAGCUUCUAGAAGGAGAUGCAUCCUGGAGCUACCAGAUCCUUGAGGUGGAGAGAAUAACCCAACAUCGGCCUUUAUUAUUCACCGGUCUUAAGGUCUUUUCAAGGUUUGGCGUGUGUAACUUCCUUGGCAUUUCAGAGACUGUACUCAGGAAUUGGUUGCAGGUCAUAGAGAGCAACUACCACAGCAGUAACCCCUACCACAACUCGUCACAUGCUGCAGAUGUGUUGCAAGCAACAGCUUAUUUCCUCGGAAAAGACAAAAUGCAAUCAUGUUUUGAGACGGCAGAUCACGUAGCAGCAUUGAUAGCAGCAGCUGUUCAUGAUGUUGAUCACCCCGGCAAGACAAACUCCUUUCUCUGUAAUGCUGGAAGUGAACUUGCUAUUCUAUACAAUGACACGGCGGUUCUUGAGAGCCAUCAUUCAGCUCUCGCAUUUCAGCUUACAACAAAAGAAGACAGAUGUAAUAUAUUCAAAGAACUGGACAGAGAUGAUUUCCGAGCCCUACGUCAUUCCAUCAUUGAUAUGAUCUUGGCUACAGAGAUGACUAAACACUUUGAGCAUCUCUCUAAGUUUGUGAACUGCAUCAAUAAGCCUGGAGCAAGGGAAGGAGAUGAUUCAUCAUCCAUGCAGAGUGGUGGUAGAAGCACCCCAGACACCAUGACCCUAUCUACCCCAGAGAACAGGGCUCUAGUCAGGCGUAUGCUCAUCAAGUGUGCUGAUGUAGCUAAUCCUACUAGGCCUCUAGAGCUGUGUAAAGAAUGGGCCAGGAGAAUAUCACAAGAAUACUUCAAUCAGACCGAUGAGGAGAAGAGACGAGGUUUACCUGUUGUUAUGCCUGUGUUUGACAGAACUGUGUGCAGUAUUCCCAAAUCACAAAUCUCCUUCAUAGACUACUUCAUCAUGGACAUGUUUGAGGCUUGGGAUUCUUUUGCCGACUGCCCUGAGCUUAUGGAGCAUUUACAGAUCAACUACGUCUACUGGAAAGGGGAGGAAGAGAAGGACAGAGAAAAGAAGAUGAAAGAGAAAGAAAACGAAAAGGGAGACAAUGAAAAAGAAUAAUUUACUUUCAAGGGUACACCUAUAGUGAUUGACUUUCAGCAUUUUUUGUUUAACUUCUCAAAGGUUCUACUAGUACUCAACACAUUUUGAGUAACC